AUGGGGAUUCUUCUGAUGCAAGACCAUGGUGAGAAAGAAAUGAUUAGAUUAGCUUUUGGUCCAGAAGCUUUAGUUCACUCAGUGAUUCUUAAAGCAAGAAAGGAGCUUGGUGUUUCUUCAAACUCACCUUCUACACCUUCAACUCCUUCUUCACCUUCACCUUUUGGUGGUUCAAUGUGUUUUUCAAGGCAGAAUUCUUCUUCUUCAGCUAAUUCUGGUAGGAUUCUUGGGGGUCUUAGCCUUCCUUCACCUCUUAGUAUAACUAGUAACAACAACCGCUAUUCAAAUGUUUCUGCUUCUUGGAGUACUAGUCCUAGUUUCUCUGAGUUUCAAGAAGUUGAUCUUGUUAGUCCUAGUGCUUCCAACAUCUCAUAUACUGCUGCUACUACUACUAAUGGAAUGACCAAUUCCACCAUGAAUUCCUCAGCUCCUACCUUUUAUUGCAAUGGAGAAGUAGACUUGAUAGAUGAGUUUCAACUACAGGACCAGCUUUCUUUCUUGAAUGAUGGGUCACCAACCCUGGGGCCUAAGAAUCCUGAUGUUUAUUACCAGCAACAACAAGAUUUAACCUCAAGUCCAAGUGGGGAUUCCAUGCUUUUCUCUUCAGGUAUUAUUGGUUUGAAAAAAUCAAUCACUUAUGGGCCUGUUCAAGAUGUGAGGAUUCCAUAUCAGCAAAAGAGGAUGUUUGGUUUUGUUACAUUUGUUUAUCCGAAGAUUGUGAAGACCAUUCUUGCCAAAGGAAAUCCUCAUUUUGUAUGUGAUGCUAGGGUGCUUGUCAAGCCUUACAAAGAGAAGGGCAAAGUCCUAGAGAAGUUUUGCUUCAAUAGUCCAGAUAGAUAUUGCACUCAAUUGAAAUGGGUGGCAUAG